AUGAAGGGCUCGGCGCUCACCCCGCUUCUACUCUGUGUCCUGUUUGCCACCUCGGAAGUGAGGAGCAAGGACACCGUGAGGCUCUGUGGCCUGGACUACGUCAGGACAGUCGUCUACAUCUGCGCCACCGCCCGCUGGCGAAGGCAGGCAGAGGGGACCCCUCCGGACCUGCGAGCUGAGAAAAAAAACUACAUCCAGCUUCGAAAUAGACACGAGGCUUCCGAGGACAGCCUAGCGCGCAACCUUGCUGAGGUGGAUUUCUCAGGAGAAGAGCUUGUUCGGGACAGGCAGACGUCUGAGGGGGCGCCGCGGGGGACAGAGAAGCACGUGGUGGUGUCGAGACGGGACCUGCAGACGGUGUGCUGCACCGAGGGCUGCUCCAUGGCUGAGCUGAGCGCGCUCUGUUAG